AAACCACUGCUCGUUUCCAAACCCAACCAUGGGCAACACGUCGAACCAAAUCACGGCGAACAACACUACCGAUCCGUUCGGGAGGAACGAAGAUGUGGCCAAAAUGGAGAUCACGGUCCUGAGCGUCACUUUCCUCGUGGCGGUUGUCGGAAAUCUGUGCGUUUUGCUGGCCAUGCACAACACCAAGAAGAAGAGCUCGCGCAUGCACCUGUUCAUCAAGCACCUGAGCCUCGCGGACCUGGUGGUGGCUUUCUUCCAGGUUCUCCCACAGCUCUGCUGGGAGAUCACUUACAGGUUUUACGGACCUGACUUUCUUUGCCGGAUAGUCAAGCAUCUCCAGGUCUUGGGAAUGUUCGCGUCCACUUACAUGAUGGUGAUGAUGACUCUGGACCGCUACAUCGCUAUAUGCCACCCUCUUAAAACCCUCCAGCAGCCCACUCGGCGCGCGUACAUCAUGAUCUGCUCCACUUGGCUCUGCAGCCUGUUGCUCAGCACUCCUCAGUACUUCAUCUUCUCCCUGAGCGAGAUCCAGAACGGCUCGGAUGUGUAUGACUGCUGGGGACACUUCAUCGAGCCGUGGGGCAUCCGAGCCUACAUCACCUGGAUCACCGUGGGCAUCUUCCUCAUCCCGGUGGUCAUCCUCAUGAUCUGCUACGGGUUCAUCUGCCACAGCAUCUGGAAGAACUUCAAGUGCAAGACGAAGCGAGGCGCCGCGCACAACCCCAAGAGCGGGAUGAUCGGAAAGGCGUCCGUCAGCAGCGUCACCAUCAUCUCCAGAGCCAAACUGCGCACGGUCAAGAUGACCUUCGUGAUUGUUUUGGCGUACAUUGUGUGCUGGGCUCCGUUCUUCACCGUGCAAAUGUGGUCAGUCUGGGAUGAAAACUUCUCCUGGGAUGAUUCAGAAAAUGCAGCGGUGACCCUCUCUGCCCUGCUGGCGAGCCUCAACAGCUGCUGUAACCCGUGGAUCUACAUGCUGUUCAGUGGCCACCUUCUCCACGACUUCUUAGGCUGUUUCCCAUGCUGGAACAAACCCCAAAACACCCUGCACAAAGAGGACUCGGACAGCAGCAUCAGGAGGAACACACUCCUGUCCAAGCUGACCUCUGUCCGCGCCAAAGAUGGCUUUGACUCCUGGAAAGACCCAUGCAACUCCCGAAAGUCCAGUCAGUCGAUAGGCCUAGACUAUUCCCGCAAAUCCAGUCAGUGUUUGCAUUUUGACUGUUCGCGCAAAUCAAGUCAGAGCGUGCCUAUGGAGUCCUAGAAGCCAUGUUGGAUGAAUAAUAAAAAAAGACAGUCAAUAAAUGUAUAGAGUUGA